AUAGCUCCCCAAAAAAUAACUAAAAAUACAAAAAAAAAAAAAUUAAUAAAUUAAAACUAUGUCCGCGUCGCAUCGUUUAAGUCGCGAGCUUAGCGAUAUCAUGGCCGCCAAGUCGAAGGUCCUGCGCAAUGUGGAAGCCUCAGAUGAAUCCUUGCUGCUGUGGACCGGACUGUUGGUGCCGGAGAAGGCGCCUUACAACAAGGGUGCCUUUCGUAUCGAGGUUAGCUUCCCUGCCCAGUAUCCGUUCAUGCCGCCGAGAAUACUGUUCAAGACCCAGAUCUAUCAUCCCAAUGUCGAUGAGAAGGGCCAGGUGUGCCUCUCCAUAAUAACGGCCGACAACUGGAAGCCGACAACGCGCACCGAGCAGGUGUUUCAGGCUCUCAUCGACAUUGUGCACAAUCCCCAACCAGAGCAUCCGUUGCGCUCCGAUUUGGCCGAGGAGUUUGUCAAAGAUCACAAGAAGUUCAUGAAGUCCGCAGAGGAGUUUACCAAAAAGAAUGCCGAAAAGCGUCCCCAAUAAAUUGAAAUACAUAUAGGCCUGGCCUGGGCGACACACACUCACUUUUCGUUUAACCUAAAUUCCAUAUAUAUAC